AUGACGCCAGACGAUAUAAUAUAUGCACUAGUACUUAUAUUGUCUCUUGUAAUUGGGCCAUUAAUCCAAAGAUGUGGGAAACAUCGACUUUGGUUGUCAGCUGUUGUGGGGUUUUUAAUGUUUUUCUGCUUUGUGGGUCAAGCUGUAUGGCAUUCACUGCUUACAACAUCUGUAUUCACAUUGGCCUUUAUUAUUUUCCCUACAAGAUUUUUACAUUACAUAGGUGUUAUAUGGUGCUUUGGUUACUUGGGAUUCUUUCGAACUUGCCACUAUUUCGGAUUCGCUCAGGUUACUCCUGUCGUUAAUAUUGUGCAGCUUUUAUUAACCUUACGUUUAAUCGGCGCAUCAUUUGAAAUAAGUGAUAGUUGGCGGAUAAACAAUCAAUUAUUAAGUUCUGACUUACAACCACAAGAUAAAGGCAAACUUAAACUUAUCAAGAAAUAUAAAUGUAUCGAGCCUUCUCCACUGAUGAUUAUGUCAUAUGCCUACUGCUACGUUGGUUUGUUUACUGGCCCGUAUUACAAUAUGAAAACAUUUGAAGACUUUUGCAAUUGGGAUUCUAAAACCGAAAUAACUGUAGAAGAACCUCUUCUCCAACACCUUCAAGAAGCUCUUCCAUUUGGUGUAGCUUAUUUAAUACUUUCUCACUUUUAUACUGUUGACUAUGUACGUGGAACAGAAUUUUAUGAUCGACAUUUCGUGUAUCGUUUUUUCUAUAUGAUGAUUAUUUUCUUUAUUUUUCGUAUGCGAAUUUAUUUUGCUUGGAAAAUGUCUGAAUGCGUAUGUAUGUCUGCUAGUUUAGGUGCAUAUCCUAAAUUAUCUGAACCUGAAAAAGGUGGAGGACCAACUAAUCUACAUGCAUUAGAUUUGUAUAUGGAACAACAAACAGCUAAUGAUAUGAAAUUAAACAAUGUUCUAAACCAGUCUAACCAUGAUCAUUCUGUUAUUCAUUCCAAUCUGAAAAAUAAAUCAAAUUUCGAACAGAAGUCAAAGACCAAUGUAAUGUAUAAUUACAACACAAUAUGCAAUUUAAGUGUAUGGGGGUGUGAAUUCGCUCCUACAGUACGUGAAACUAUGAGAUCAUGGAAUUGUUCAGUGCAAUAUUGGUUAGCCACUUAUGUUUAUAGACGUUGCAAAGCUUCAAGAAAUAUACGAACAUUUUGGACAAUGCUUGUUAGUGCUUAUUGGCAUGGUUUACAUGCAGGUUAUUAUUUAUCCUUUCUAAUUAUUCCACUUGCAUUAGUUGCUGAAAUGAGUUUAAAAAAUCUAAUGAAUUUAUGCAUAAACAGUUUACCAACUGGUAGUGUAACAUUUAUUUCAUGGUUAUUAAAAAUGCGCGUGUUCGAAUAUUGUUCCAUGGGUUUUUUAAUAUUAGACUGGGAAACUACCAUUGCUUAUUGGUCUAGUAUAUAUUUUUGUAUUCAUUUGAUUUUAAUUAGUUUAAUUAUUUUUGAAUUUUUUCUACGUCUUAUAUUACCAAGUAAAGCAUUUAAAGUUGUACCAUCAUUGGAUUCAUCGACUAUUUCUUCGUUAUCAUCAUAA